UUUUUCUAAUAAUCUCUGAACGUAAACCGAACUAAACCGAGGUUUAUUAACUGUACUCGUUACAGACGAUAAAAAGAAGAAACUUUGGACGAUAUAUGGAGAGUAAAAGUGUUUUUCUCCGGCGAAGUGAGAACUACUUUUUCCGGUAAAAUUACACAGAAACUCAUCUGCAACUGCAAGUGAGCUCUUUCCCGACUUGGCUAGGUUUUUGUGGUGCUUUUACUUAUGGAAACAAGAAAGAUACCAGUGUUGUGUUAUUGGAAUGGUUGUAUAAAAGAUGGUCCUGAUGGUCCAUUCUAUGAAGGAUCAGUUCCAAGAGUUAUUAGAGUUGAAGGCGACAUUGACUUGCCCAAAUUGUUGGAUCAUGUGCAUCGAGUUACUGGAUUUGAAAAGGGGAAGUUUCAGAUUGAAUUGAUUUGUAGGUAUCCUUACAUUGUUCAGAAGUCUAUGGUGAAGUAUGUGCGUUUGCCUAUUGUGGAUGGUUGUAGUUUAGAGACUAUGCUUGAGGUUCCAACUUAUCAUCCUUCUAUUAACAAUGUGGAGUUGUAUUUAGAGGUCAAACCGGUUCUUGAUGUCGUCGGUCUUGUUGCUAGUUCCUUGGCGAAUCAGGCGACGCGGAAGCGUUCUCGGCAAGAGGAUGGUGAUAUCGAAGCAGAAUGAAAUUUGAGUGUGAGAGA